CUAAUUUGCCCAACAUGUGUAACUAGAAGAACCAAAACAAGCGUUUAAAUAUCUGAUUUCGGAGCGAUGGAAAUGAUCAGACCACUGGAAGCCGGCCAGUUCGAUGAUGCUGAUGAUGACAAGACAACUGCCAAACCUGCACUUGUGUCAGUUUACAAUUCACCACAGGGAGAUGAUGGGGACAUGCCAUCGCUUACUGAGGACUUCAGCGACAGCUUAGUGUUUGAUUCUGUUGGUGGUGAAAGUGGUAACAUCAGUGGUAGUGAAGGUAGUGACGACUUGGAUGAUGAUGACGAUGAUGAUUUUGAUUGGGACAUUACUUCAGGCAUGUCAGGAUCAGGAGAUCUCACAAAAAGAUACAAUGCAUCUGUUUCACAUACCCCACAGCCUAAUUCCCAAGCACGUGGCAUGUCUAAGAAGUCUUCAAUAAAGUAUCAGCCAAAUGAUAAAGCCUUUAGCAAGUUCUCUCAAAAAAUUAAUGUUGAGAAGUAUGCUGGACCUACAAUGUCAAGUUCUGCUUCGAGUAAACUUAUUGAAAAUUCAAAGAAAGCUGAUGCUGACAGGUAUCGUAGUCGUGAUAAGGCUGAUCGUGCCACAGUCGAACAGGUGAUGGACCCGAGGACAAGAAUGAUCUUGUUCAAACUGAUCAGCCGGGGUGUGAUAUCGGAAAUCAAUGGUUGUAUAAGUACUGGGAAAGAGGCCAACGUUUAUCACGCUACCUCUAAAGAUGGGAAAGACAGGGCUGUCAAGGUUUACAAGACUUCCAUUUUAGUUUUCAAGGACAGGGAUAAAUAUGUUAGCGGUGAAUUCAGAUUCCGACAUGGUUACUGUAAGCACAACCCUCGGAAGAUGGUGCGAACGUGGGCAGAAAAGGAAAUGCGGAAUCUUAUGAGAAUUCACCAGUCUCACAUACUGUGUCCAGAGCCUGUGAUACUGAGGAGUCAUGUUCUUGUUAUGGACUUUAUAGGAACUGAGGGUUGGCCAGCUCCAUUACUAAAAGAUGUCGAUAUAUCAGAGUCAAAGUCUAGGGAGUUAUAUCUUGACUGUAUUCAGAUGAUGAGGACCUUGUAUCAUGAAUGUCGACUUGUCCAUGCGGAUCUCAGUGAAUAUAACAUGUUGUAUCAUGAGGGUAAACUGUAUGUGAUAGAUGUCUCCCAGUCGGUGGAACACGACCAUCCAUGUGCCUUGGAAUUUCUCAGGAAGGAUUGCACAAAUAUAAAUGAUUAUUUUAGAAAGAACGGUGUCUCCACAAUGACGGUUAGAGAAUUAUUUGACUACAUUACCGACCCUAGUAUAACCACUGAUAACGCUGACGACUAUCUUGAUAAAAUCAUGGAGGUCACCUCACAUAGAACAAUAGAUGAUAUCACUGAACAGGAAAAAAUUGAUGAAGAGGUUUUUAAGCAUUCGUUUAUCCCCCGUACCCUUGAUGAUGUUGUGGACAUUGAAAGAGACCUAAAGAGAGCACAGAAAGGUCAAAUGGGAGACAUCCUAUAUCACACUGUCACUGGAAUGAAACAGAAUUUAACGGGUACCCAAGAGGCGCCUGCUCUGCUGGAAGCAUCUUCAGGUGGAGGCGAGGGCGAUGAUGAAGAUUCUAAAAGUGAAGCGUGGUCAGUGUCGGAUUCGGGAGGUGAAGAUGACAGCGAGGAAGAGAACUCAGACAACUCCAAAACAAACAAUACCCGAAUCAGAGGGGAAUCGCCAAAUACGAGAAGAGAACGCAAGAAAGUAGUGAAGGAUGCCCAGCGAGAGAAGCGGAAGGACAAGAUGCCGAAACACGUCAAGAAGAGGAAGGAGAAAACUUCAAAAACGGGAAAAGGAAAGAAGUGAUUGUCGUGGACAAUUUCAGUGACUGUUAAAAGUUGAUUACAUUGCAUUUGAGACAUCUUCCUGCUGAUGGACAGUUUUUGUGGUGCUAACUCAACUGAUUUAUACCGACUUGUUUAUGGAGUUGUACAAAUGAAUAUUCAAUUCCGCGAAUCAGUAUUUUGGAGAUAGGUUUGGGAGGAAUGGUAGUCAUAGGGCUCUCUUACAUAUUGAGUAAAUUGCUGGUAUUGACUGUUCGUCUUCCUUGGAUUUACGCUGUAAUAUAUAAAAGGUUAUCAUGCUGAUUGAAUAGUAUAGCCAAUAUUGGGUUAUAAUAAAAAAAUCUUGAUAAAAACACAA